GGCAGCUGCAGGGACCUUUCCAAGUUUGUCGGGACCUUCUUCCGAGGAGGCAGUGGCGCCGGCAGCCAGGGAGGCUGGGUCUGUGUUCAGGCCGGGGGCAGGGGCUGGGGCUGGGCCCGGGGCGGCCGGGCCGGAGCCUCGGCUCUCCAGCUCUCGCAGCAGCCUCUGCCCCCAAGGCGCCCGAGGCCCCACUCCGCGCCACUCUCCGUGCCGCGCGCCGGCCGAGCCCUCCGCUCCAGGGCCCAUGUACUGGAAGCAUGAGAGCGCCGCCCCGGCGCUGCCCGAGGGCUGCCGCUUGCCGGCGGAGGCCGGCCCAGCUACCGACCAGGUGAUGGCCCAGCCAGGGUCUGGCUGCAAAGCGACCACCCGCUGUCUUGAAGGGACCGCGCCGCCUGCCAUGGCUCAGUCAGAUACCGAGGCCCUGGCAGGCGCUCUGGACAAGGACGAAGGUCGAGCUUCCCCAUGUACACCCAGCACACCGUCUGUCUGCUCGCCGCCCUCUGCCGCCUCUUCCGUGCCGUCUGCGGGCAAGAAUAUCUGCUCCAGUUGCGGCCUCGAGAUUCUGGACCGGUAUCUGCUCAAGGUCAACAAUCUCAUCUGGCACGUGCGGUGCCUCGAGUGCUCUGUGUGUCGCACAUCGCUGAGGCAGCAGAAUAGCUGCUACAUCAAGAACAAGGAAAUCUUCUGCAAGAUGGACUACUUCAGCCGAUUUGGAACCAAGUGCGCCCGGUGCGGCAGACAAAUCUAUGCCAGUGACUGGGUGCGGCGGGCGCGCGGCAACGCCUACCACCUGGCCUGCUUCGCCUGCUUCUCCUGCAAGCGCCAGCUGUCCACCGGGGAGGAAUUCGGCCUGGUUGAGGAGAAGGUGCUUUGUCGCAUCCAUUACGACACCAUGAUCGAGAACCUCAAGAGGGCCGCGGAGAAUGGGAACGGUCUCACGUUGGAGGGGGCAGUGCCCUCGGAACAGGACAGUCAGCCUAAGCCGGCCAAGCGGGCGCGGACGUCUUUCACAGCAGAACAGUUGCAGGUUAUGCAGGCGCAGUUCGCCCAGGACAACAACCCCGACGCGCAGACGCUGCAGAAGCUGGCCGACGUGACGGGCUUGAGCCGCAGGGUCAUCCAGGUGUGGUUUCAAAACUGCCGAGCGCGACAUAAAAAACAUACACCGCAGCACCCAGUGCCGCCCUCAGGGGCGCCCCAGUCCCGCAUCCCCUCCGCCCUGUCCGACGACAUCCACUACUCUCCGUUCAGCAGCCCCGAGCGGGCACGCAUGGUCACCCUGCACGGCUACAUCGAGAGUCAUCCUUUUUCAGUGUUAACGCUGCCGGCACUUGCGCAUCUGUCCAUGGGCACCACACAGCUGCCCCUCAGCCGCUGAGAUUCAGCAUCCAGCUGUGGCCAGGGAUCCACCACCUCUGCAUACACCCUCACCCGCUGCCAUCCUGCCCCUCUGCCCGUGGUCCCCCAAACCCAGGCCCGGUCUUUCCCUCUCCUGCUGAGAACUAGAACCCACCAGGAGCAGCAGAGUCCCUGUUUGGGAAGGCAGGCUCCCUGAAACGUGGCAUCAGCAUGAAAACAAGUAGCCUGUCCUUAUUCAUCAGACAGGAGUUAUCCUUAACGCCCGUCGGCUAAUCACAGCAGCAAUGGCAAACUGAAUCGCGAGUCACCAACAACCUCCUACUUUACAGGUUUUCUUCUCCCUACAUUGGCCUUUAUUUACUACUUCCUUGGAACCAUCUCUGAAUUCUGAAUAGCCAACAACCCCCAACGCUACAUACUCUGUUGCUUUUGUCUGGAAAACUACAGUGUUUGUGGGAUGUCCCCAAAGGAAAGCUAUGUUCUAAUUUUAUCAUUUCCAUCUGUCUGGUUAUGUCAAGUUAACUCAGAAAAAGAAGAGACAGUGACCAACCCUGAGAGGCCCAAUAGGGCAGAGAUGGAGGCCUGCCCAGAUGAAGAGGCAGAGGGACAGGCAGGGAUGGGUGCCAAAGACCCCCGUUGGCAUGGAGGAAAGGGACUGGGUACGCUGGACUUGGAAAGGCACUGACCAUUUCAUGGAGAGAAAAAAAGCAAACUUGGGGAGGGCCCUUCCCCCACCAACUACCCAGCAGGAGUCAUGGCAAGGAUGAUGCCUCAUCUGCAUAAUGGUACUGCUGAAUGUUUGGGUGGGCUAGCAUUAGGGACCCUUGUUGGCUACUUCUCAGUCCUGAGAGGAGGGCCUGAGCCAGUGUUCUCUGAGGUUUGGGUGGGACCAUUUAUGAGGACCAAGGAACAUAGCCCAGUGAAAUGGAGCCCGAAUAUUAGUUCUGACUUAUCCCCGAGAAAAGAGAGGUGCCCAUGGCCUUAGUGAGUAUGCCAAGCCCAGGAUUCCAGCUGGCACCUCUGUGAUUUCCCCACCAACUCUGAGCAGAGCCAGCCCCACCCACUCUUGAGAGCAGAGGCCAAUUCCAAAUAAAGGUCUCAGGUUACACAGGUCCCCAACUUAUGUUUUCCAGCGAUGCCCAUUUGUCCCACGCUUAUCCUGUAAUUAUAGAACCACUUGGUGGCCUGAUGCACUUCUUACUAGAGGCUGCUUGCAGCAUGUUUUAGCCAAAGUCCUCCUUGCUUUGAGAAGGAGACUACAGGACAGGGAAGGCAAGUUUCUAGUAUGGAUGCUUUUGCUGUCCCUGCUUCACCCAUGACAGACAUCGCUAAUCGAUCACAGCACUCUAACUCAUGGAGUCUGGAUAAGGUUUCAGGAUUCCCAUGCUUGAAUUUGGCACUUAACAUGAGAACCACUGUGCUAUUUGCUGUGGGACCUGGAGGAGGGUUAGGCAAGGGUGAUGCCCCACGGGGGACUUUCAUCUUCUCCCUUCCCAAACUGUCAGCUGAGUGAGGACAGAGAGCACCUCCCAGAAUGCCGAGAGUGGUUCAGUUCAGAACCCUCCAGUACCCUUGCCAGGCGCUGACUCAAGCAGGAGGAACCUGCCUGAUCUCUGGCUUUGGGGAACCCAGAUCUUUCCUUUGAUUUUUGCUCCUAAUGAUCAGAACCCCAAUUGCAACCAUUGGGAAGUGGCCAGCUGAGCCCAGGCCACUCAGUACCCACUCUGCCUUGAGCCUUCCCCCAGGGUCUUAAUUUUUCGUGGAUCACGUGGCAGUAGCAUGUUGCAGUUCAUAUGUCUCCACUACCCUGUUCAGAACAGCCUGGGAAUGUAUAGACUGUCAAGGCUAUUUAUUUAAAUACACACAAAAAAAGGGGGGAAACACACAAACGGAAAAAAUUGUAAGCACUUUUUUUUGUAAAACCAAUGUCUGUUUUGUUAUAUACCUUUCAUGUCGUGCUUUGUAAAUGUCUUAUUUGUGUAAUAAAUAAAGUUAAUGCAAGUAGAA